AUGAAUGUUCGUGGUUCGACUGAUCUUCUUCGUCAAGUCACGAGGGUCCUUACACCUGAGCCACAGUCAAGUUCGCUGGCAGGCGUGCAUGUCAUUAUUUGGCCAUGUAUCGAUGUUGGUGGCGAGGACAAUCAGGUCUUCCAUUCGGUGACAUUCACCUCGGCGGCGAAGUGGGUUGACAAUCGCAGCAUAAUGAAGCUUGUCAUAUUCAGGGCGUGGCGUAGCGUGACGUUCAGUCGACAAACAGUCUUCACGGUCGAUGAACAGACGCUAUAUCUCGCGACUGUUCGAUCAAUGCCUUCUUACUCCUUCACCACCUCGCCAACAUCCAACAUCUCCGCUCACAACACAACCAACCGCAUACCUCCUUUCGCAUCAAUGUCGAAUCUGUCAAAUCAGUGGAUCCUCAACGGCUACCCCGUCGCAGACAACAGCGUGGUGCGACAGGACCCGAACUAUGUCCCUUUCCAAAGCUGCUUCGGCGGCCCCAACGCUCCUCUUAACUCCUACCCCUUCCAGUCAAGCGGUCAAGGAGGCUACAGUGCCGACCCAUGGAAUGGUGCACGGCCAGCAAACUCGAUCCCCUGGCAACGGUACGAUUACGCUCCGGGCCAGGGCUUUUAUCACGCGGCUUACCAACCAGGCCCGCCCAGUUACCGCUGA